AUGUCUAAUCAAGCUACCGAUAAUUUGCAAGAUUCCUUCCAACGUGCUAUGAACUUUUCUGGUUCUCCAGGCGCGGUUUCGACCUCACCAACUCAAUCAUUCAUGAAUACAUUACCUCGUCGUGUAAGCAUUACAAAACAGCCAAAGGCUCUGAAACCUUUUUCUACAGGUGACAUGAAGAUUUUAUUGUUAGAAAACGUCAAUCCAACUGCAAUCAAAAUUUUCAAAGAGCAAGGUUACCAAGUGGAAUUUCAUAAAUCCUCUUUACCUGAGGAGGAACUGAUUGAAAAAAUCAAAGAUGCUCAUGCCAUUGGUAUCAGAUCUAAAACAAGAUUAACUGAAAAAAUACUACAGCAUGCCAGAAAUCUAGUCUGCAUCGGUUGCUUUUGCAUAGGUACCAACCAAGUGGAUUUGAAAUAUGCUGCUAGUAAAGGUAUUGCUGUUUUUAAUUCUCCUUUCUCGAAUUCGAGGUCUGUAGCAGAAUUAGUCAUUGCUGAAAUCAUCAGUUUGGCAAGACAAUUAGGUGACAGAUCCAUUGAGUUGCAUACAGGCACGUGGAAUAAAGUUGCCGCUAGAUGUUGGGAGGUAAGAGGAAAGACACUUGGUAUUGUCGGGUAUGGACACAUUGGUUCCCAAUUAUCUGUCCUUGCAGAAGCUAUGGGGUUGCAUGUCCUAUAUUACGAUAUUGUAACAAUUAUGGCCUUAGGUACUGCUAAGCAGGUUUCUACUUUAGAUGAGUUAUUGAACAAGUCUGAUUUCAUAUCAUUACAUGUACCAGCUACUCCUGAGACUGAAAAUAUGCUAUCUGCUCCACAAUUUGCAGCUAUGAAAGACGGCGCAUAUGUGAUCAACGCUUCGAGAGGUACUGUGGUAGAUAUCCCGGCUUUGGUUCAAGCUAAGAAGGCAAACAAAAUAGGCGGAGCAGCUCUGGAUGUUUACCCACAUGAACCUGCCAAAAAUGGAGAGGGUUCAUUUAGUGAUCAACUAAAUGAUUGGACUUCCGAACUGGUUUCCUUGCCAAAUAUUAUCCUGACCCCACACAUUGGUGGUUCUACAGAAGAAGCCCAAAGCGCCAUUGGUAUUGAAGUGGCAACGGCCUUAACCAAAUAUAUUAACGAAGGUAACACCGUGGGCUCUGUGAAUUUCCCAGAAGUUAGUUUGAAGUCCUUAGAUUAUGAUCAAGAAAACACAGUACGUGUCUUAUAUAUUCAUCGCAACGUUCCUGGUGUCUUGAAGACAGUUAACAAUAUUUUAUCCGAUCAUAACAUCGAGAAACAAUUCUCAGAUUCUCAUGGUGAAAUCGCCUAUUUGAUGGCCGAUAUCUCUUCUGUUAAUCAAAGCGAAAUCAAGGAUAUAUAUGAGCAGCUAAACCAAACAUCUGCUAAAGUUUCUAUCAGACUGUUGUACUGA